UCACAAAUAUCAUUCCGUUCGGAGUGGUCGAGCGGGCCGGUUGUCCGCUUGGCCGGUAUGGAGAACGACGAGGAGCGCUCCUUGUCGCUGGGCACCGAGGUCUCGGCCUCUGUCCCGCCCCCGAGCCCCCUGACCGGGUGCUACCUGCUGGCGGUCAUCGGUGAGCCUCACACGCACGAGCAUAAGGAGAUUAUACUGCAGCGGCUUGUCAAAGGGCUACUAUCAUGGGAUUCAAACGAGCACCAGGUGGACCUGGAGGCCGAGCUGGCCACCCUCACGGCGCAGGCACCCGAGGGGGAGGAGGCCAGAUACGGCGAGCGACUAAUCCAAUUCGCGUCCGAGAACCUCGUGACGGAGAUCCUGAUCCACCCGCAGAUGAACACGCUGAUGCAGUGCAUGAGGAACCUGCUCAGCAGCUUCACCAGACACAGGCAUCUAGUCCACGCGGGCUACACCGCCGCGGGGAACGGCUCCUGGAUCAUGCAGGAUGGCACAUUUUCCCUCGCGGACUUCACAGACGCCUACCAAGAGAACGAGGUCCAACGCGUCAUCAGGGCCUACGAGAACUCGAUCUCCAUCGACAUACAUUGCUCUACCAGCGGCGGCGGGGAGUGGAGCAAACUCCCAGACAUGCCAUUUGUGAAACAUUGCAAGAUUAGGGUCAACCCUACGGAUAUACUCGAUUCUGGCUCCCAAGCCAUUAAGGACUUUGUCGCAUACGUGGAGCCCUACGUCACCCCAGCGAGCCUGGAGCGCCUGCUGGAGGCUUCCGACGUGGUGGGCAACAUCCGCUUCAGCCACCCCACCCUGUACGUGUUCCCUGGCGGGCAGGGGGACGCCGCGCUCUUCGGGAUCAACGGCUUCAACAUGCUGGUUGAUGGCGGCUUCUCCCGCAAAGCGUGCUGGUGGGACUUCGCUCGCCACCUGGACCGCCUGGACGCGGUACUGCUGACCAGGCUCAACAACUGCUCCGCUGCGGGCAUGGCGGCUGUGCUACGCAGGAAGGCACAGGCGUCCGUGUAUCCGCAGAUUGGACAUUUCUUCUGUAACCUGGAAGAGCGACGCGCCCUCGCCAGCCCCGACGGGGACAAAGACGCGGACCCCCUCCUCGUUUCCCUCCUCCAGGAGGGCUCCGAUAUGAUGGCGGACCUCCGACACCUCAACCUGAAGCCUCAGCAGUGCUACCGUAGCCCUGAGCCUAUUAACUUGUACCACAAAGUUGGUCACGGUACACUCGAUAUGUACGUCCUGAAUCCGUCCAAGGACUCCAAGCACGUGCGUGACUUCCUCAAGAAAUGGCACAACAGUGAACAGAAGCUCUUCGAGGGAGCCAGCGUCUCCAGCGCCUUCAACUUCCCCAUCCCCAAUCUCGUCUCAAUCUGUGCGCUCCUCGUAUGGCGACCAGCCAACCCUGAUGACACCAUCACUCGAAUAAUGUUCCCGGGCUCAACUCCACAGCAUAAAAUCUUCGAAGGCCUAGAAAAACUCAAACACCUUGAGUUCCUACAGCACCCGACAUGCACUGGCCGACAAAUUGCACCGCCGGCCCCGCAACCUACAACUACGACAAGAGUUAGAAGUACCAGGACGACGAUAAGCAGAGAAAAGACAGAUAAAACGAAAGACGAAAAAAUUGCAGAACCCGAACCACCCCCAAAGGUUAAAGAUGAGAAAAACAUCAUAGAUAAUAAGUUACUCAGCGAAUUGACUGACGGCGAAGAAAAGAAAAUUGAAUCUGUGCUGCAAGAAGCCAUCGCUGGCAGGGUAGAGACCAAAUUAGAUGAUAAAAUUGCUCAGUACGAGAGCACUGUGAUAGAUAGUAAAAAGAAAGAGGUAAAGAAAAAGGAGAAAGUAGCGGAAAAGAAGAAACGAAUCGAUAAGACUGAAGAAAAAGAGGUAAAGGAAGUUAAAACGGAAUCGAAACAGGAAGUGAAAAAGACGGAACGUAAGAAAUUAGAGGUAAGAAAAAGUGAAACGACUAGUGCGACUACUAGAACAAAAAUAAGUCACCGGACUGCGGUACAGAAAACCGAAAAGAAAACAAGCACUACUUUAUUAGACAAAAAGCCAGGUGAUGAUAAGAAAUCGCCGCCGGCCACUCCGAAAAAGACAGCAGAAGUAAAAUCGACCAUCUCCAGCAUUCAACCAGCUGUGAAAGAUAGAGUUAAAGCUAAGACAAGGAAACUGAGCCCUGGAAGUACUCCAGCUAAAAGCACUAAAGAAGCCGCGAACCGCAGGGUCAUGGAAUCAAAAUACAAACAGCCAUCUCCCAAACGGGAUAUCACUCAGAAGACUGCAGACAAACCUAAAGUAAAACGUGAACCCAUUUCACGAAGACCGCGUCCUCUAGCUUCACCAGUGAAAGGAAUGAAAGCUAUGAAAAGUCCCACGAAAUCUAUUAAAUCAGUGAAAGUUGACUCAAAACUAAAAGGACUCCAGAGAGUUAAUUAUGAAGACAUUCUAAAGGACGCCAAAAAAUCAGACGAGGAUACGUCUAAGUCACUUGAUGAUAUUAAACUACAAGAAUUAGAUGACAGGGAAGAGCAAGAGAUCGUAAGAGAGAUUGAAGCAGUAUUUAAUAGAGACAGUGAGGCUGAAGAAAAAGUAGAAUUCGUAGGACGUUCUGAUAUUGAAAAACUAAUAAAAGAAGACGUAAAAAUUGAAACAGCAGCUGAUGCAGAAUUUGAGGAGGAGUACUUAAUUAUUGAAAAAGAAGAAGUUGACCAAUACACUGAAGAUUCUAUCGCAGAUCAUGAGGCCAGUCAAGAACGUGGGGAUGAAUUACAAAAGCACAUUAAAGAUAAGGAAGAAUCAGAAAAGAAGAAGGAUGAUUUUAAAGAGGAGCAUGUUGAAGAAAAGUCAACAAUAGAAUUGAAAACAGAAAUUAAACAAGAAUCAAAAGAACACUCUGUAAGUGUUGAAGAAAAACAGGACCAUAGUAGUGAAAAGAAAACAUCAGAUAGCAAAAAUGGUGCUGUCAAACCCAAAGAUUCGUUAGAACUCAAUGUAAUGCAGGAAUCACAACCCGAUGAAAAAAUAUCGACCACUAUCGAAUCAGGGGCGACCACAGCACCGACUUUACCAGAGGAUGAGAGGAUAACUCUUGAUGAAAUCAAGGAAGAUCAGCAAGUAGAAGAAAAACAUAUCAAAGAAGAAACAAAGGAAGUAGUUCCCCCACAAACGCUUAUAGACAUUAAAGCCAAGAGUCCAAAAUUAGAAGCUAUACCAGCGCCAUUAAGGGAAAUAGUAAAAACACCCGAUGAAGUCGCAGACUUACCUUUACACGAAGAAGUAGAUUACAGGACAUACGAAGAAAAGAAAACCCCAAUUGAAGAAGAUAUAUUCAAAAGGAAACCAAAUGUUGGUUUUGUCCAUGAAAUUAAAGUACCUAAAGACCUGCCCCUUAAGGAAAUGGAAGCUGCAACGUCCUUCAAAGGAAGCCAGCAUGAUGUGGUUUUAAAAACUGUAGAGCGCCCGUCACAUGCUGAGGUGGUGAUGGUUACUCCGGGAUCAGCGCCAGAAUCACCAAUGUACCCAGAACCGAGUAAAGUCCCCGCUAUUAAAGAACUAGAACCAGUCAAAGAGUACGAUGAUACUGACUUUAACUAUGGUCAAUACACUGAACAAUUAAGAGAGACUCAUAUUACUACCGUAGACUCUCCCAUAAAAGACGAAAUAGUUAUUGUUGAGGAGAUUAUUGCAGAUAAAAUACCUUCAAUACCUGAGGACGUCGAAAAAGAAAUUGAAGAGGCACGUAAGUUAGAAGGCAUAGAUAAGCCUCCUUUAAGCCCUAAAGAUGUAGAAAAAAUUGUUGCUGAUGUCGCUGAAGUAUUAAAGUCUGAUAAAAGUUUAGAAGAAAUCAUGGCUGAAAAGUCCCCAGUUAUGCUUCAGAAGUCUCCCGAACACUUGUGUAAAACGGAUACGAUAACAAGUGCUAUUGAGGCAACAAAGCAGUUAAUUUCAAGUGAGACUCUAAAAGAAGAAAAACAAAAAGACACUAAACAAGAGACUUCUGAUUUGGUCAAAGAGAUUUCUCCUGCAAGAUCAAUUGCAUCUGAAGAUUUAAGUGAAGUUUCAGACAAAACUGUACUUAGUGAGAGCAAGCGAGUUAAACGUGAAAUCAAAGAAGACACACAUGACCAAAGAAAAGCGAAGGAUGAUUUAACUAAAGUGAUUAAGGAAACAGUACAAGAAUUAGUUGAAACAGAUGAACAAAAAGACGACAGUCAACAUUUGAAAGAAGAAAAAUCCGAGAAACGACUAAGCGUUUCUAUGGAAACAGCAAAAACGCUAGAAAAAUUAGAAGAGAGAAUGGCUGAUCUAAAGAAAAAAGAGGAGGCAAUAUCUCAAAAAAUACUUUUUGAUAAAAAACGAACAAGUAUUGAUUACCUAGAAGGAGAUACUUUUGAAGAAAGUGUAACACCCAAAAAGACUAUCAAAGAGGUUGCAACAAAAUCAGAUGAACCAGUACAUUCUUCUGAUGUAGUAGACUUUGUCACAAGCCAAGAAACUAAAAAGUUACAUGAUGAAAUAAUAUCAACAGAAAAACAAAUAUCUAGUGAAAAUAAGGAACAAAUGACAAAAGCUACUAAAGAGCACGAGGUUCUUAAAAAUGGCGUGUCUUCAACUGAUCAUUAUGAAAUUCAGCAGACGUUUGAUGAAACUCAGAAGAGCCUUAAAUUACAAAAAGAUAUGCAAGAGGUAAAAGAAAAGUUAUUUGAUAAAAAAUCAACUCAAUUGGAUAGUAAAGAGAAGGUCCAUGAAGUUGUUGAAGAAACCGUCACCAUCGAUAAAAACAUCCUCAAAUCUGAUGAUCUUCUCAGCAAGGUUCACUCGAAAGAACCCAGUCCAGAGAAAGAUGAUCAGAGUAUAGUCGAAGAUAAGACAAAAGCAGACCAUUUUGCUAAAGUAGGUAGCAUUUAUAAAGAUUUGACUGUCACAGAUAAAACAAAAACUGCACAAACACAUAAGGAUUUGACCGUAACAACGGCUGAAGUGCAUGAAAGUCACAAGGCAGAAAUCCAAAAUGGACAUAAAGAAGAAAUCCCGGAUAAAGAAUAUAGUCUACUUUCGUUGAAAGAAAGUAAACUUUCCCUUGACAAGGAAAAAGAUGAUGCUGAAGAAUCUCACGACGAAAAAAAAUCAAGUAUCAUUGAAACGGCGACUAAAGUAGUUAGUGACAUAUCCAGUCAAAUAUUCGAAAAAACUGACAAGCUAUUAGAAAAGCACCUCCUAAUAGAGGCUGAAACUUCUGACAAACUUGAUGAAAAGCAAGUAAGUAUAGAAAAGAAAUAUCAGCCAGAGGUGUCGAUCGAUGGUGAAAAAGUUGAAAGCAUAUCCAAACGAGACAGUGUAACAGAACAAGGCAUAGAUGAUGAAAUACACGUCAAGCACACAACUGACUUGGCUAAAUCUAUUGAAACUAGUAUAAAAGAAGUUGUUGACGUAACUUCAAAGGGCUUAAGAAUUGAGAAGGACUUAGGAAUUAUGGAUGGCAUUGAUAAAUUACAUGAAAAACCAAGUCCAGAAAAGGAGGACAAAGAGGAAGACGUGACAUCCGACGAACUUACAGAAACAACCCCUCUUUCAGAUAAACCUGAAAAGGACCUCAGUCCCCAAAAACUACAGACUGAAAUCAUCGACAGUCUAGAAACAGAGCUAAAUUUAGCAGAUAAACUUUCGUCUUUGAACAAGGCUCCUAGCCCCGUACCUUCUGAGAAAGCCCCAUCUGAGAAAGCACCAAGCCCAGUACCAUCUGAAAAGGCCCCAUCUGAGAAGGCGCCAAGUCCAGUACCUUCUGACAAGGCCCCAUCUGAGAAGGCGCCUAGCCCAGUACCGUCUGACAAGGCCCCAUCUGAGAAAGCACCAAGCCCAGUACCGUCCGACAAGGCCCCAUCUGAGAAGGCGCCAAGCCCAGUACCUUCGGACAAGGCUCCAUCUGAGAAGGCGCCGAGCCCAGUACCAUCUGACAAGGCCCCAUCUGAGAAGGCACCAAGCCCAGUACCGUCUGACAAGGCUCCAUCUGAGAAGGCCCCCAGCCCAGUACCAUCUGAAAAAGCCCUAUCGGAGAUAGCACCAAGCCCAGUACCUUCUGACAAGGCCCCAUCUGAGAAGGCGCCUAGCCCAGUACCGUCUGACAAGGCCCCAUCUGAGAAGGCGCCUAGCCCAGUACCGUCUGACAAGGCCCCAUCUGAGAAAGCACCAAGCCCAGUACCGUCCGACAAGGCCCCAUCUGAGAAGGCGCCAAGCCCAGUACCUUCUGACAAGGCUCCAUCUGAGAAGGCGCCAAGCCCAGUACCAUCUGACAAGGCCCCAUCUGAGAAGGCACCAAGCCCAGUACCGUCUGACAAGGCUCCAUCUGAGAAGGCCCCCAGCCCAGUACCAUCUGAAAAGACCCUAUCGGAGAUAGCACCAAGCCCAGUACCGUCUGACAAGGCCCCAUCUGAGAAGGCACCAAGCCCAGUACCGUCUGAAAAGGCCCCAUCGGAGAAAGCGUCAAGCCCAGUACCGUCUGACAAGGCCCCAUCUGAGAAGGCACCCAGCCCAGUACCAUCUGAAAAGGCGCCAUCUGAGAAAGCACCAAGCCCAGUACCAUCCGACAAAGCUCCAAGCCCAGUACCAUCUGAGAAGGCCCCAUCUGAGAAAGUGCCAAGCCCAGUACCGUCUGACAAGGCCCCAUCUGAGAAGGCAGCAAGCCCAGUACCGUCUGACAAGGCGCCAAGCCCAGUGCCGUCUGACAAGGCCCCAUCCGAGAAGGCACCCAGCCCAAUUCUGUCAGAAAAGGCCCCAUCAGAGAAGGGUCCCAGCCCAGUACCGUCUGAUAAGGCCCUAUCUGAGAAAGCAUCAAGCCCAGUACCGUCUGAAAUGGCCCCAUCUGAGAAGGGUCCCAGCCCAGUACCGUCAGAAAAGGCACCCAGCCCAGUACCAUCUGACAAGGCCCCAUCGGAGAUAGCACCAAGCCCAGUACCGUCUGACAAGGCCCCAUCUGAGAAGGCACCAAGCCCAGUACCUUCUGACAAGGCCCCAUCUGAGAAGGCGCCUAGCCCAGUACCUUCUGACAAGGCCCCAUCUGAGAAGGCACCAAGCCCAGUACCGUCUGACAAGGCUCCAUCUGAGAAGGCACCAAGCCCAGUACCGUCUGACACGGCCCCAUCUGAAAAGGCACCCAGCCCAGUACCGUCUGAAAAGGCCCCAUCGGAGAAAGCGUCAAGCCCAGUGCCGUCUGACAAGGCCCCAUCCGAGACGGCACCAGGCCCAGUUCUGUCUGAAAAGGACCCAUCAGAGAAGGGUCCCAGCCCAGUACCGUCUGAUAAGGCCCUAUCUGAGAAAGCAUCAAGCCCAGUACCAUCUGACAAGGCCCCAUCGGAGAUAGCACCAAGCCCAGUACCGUCCGACAAGGCCCCACCUGAGAAGGCGCCAAGCCCAGUACCUUCUGAAAAGGCUCCAUCUGAGAAGGCGCCAAGCCCAGUACCAUCUGACAAGGCCCCAUCUGAGAAGGCACCAAGCCCAGUACCGUCUGACAAGGCUCCAUCUGAGAAAGCCCCCAGCCCAGUACCAUCUGAAAAGGCCCUAUCGGAGAUAGCGCCAAGCCCAGUACCGUCUGACAAGGCUCCAUCUGAGAAGGCACCAAGCCCAGUACCGUCUGACAAGACCCCAUCUGAGAAGGCACCCAGCCCAGUACCAUCUGAAAAGGCCCCAUCGGAGAUAGCACCAAGCCCAGUACCGUCUGACAAGGCCCCAUCUGAGAAAGCACCAAGCCCAGUACCGUCUGAAAAGGCCCCAUCGGAGAAAGCGUCAAGCCCAGUACCAUCUGAAAAGGCCCCAUCGGAGAUAGCACCAAGCUCAGUACCGUCUGACAAAGCCCCAUCUGAGAAGGCACCAAGCCCAGUACCGUCUGAAAAGGCCCCAUCGGAGAAAGCGUCAAGCCCAGUACCGUCUGACAAGGCCCUAUCUGAGAAGGCACCAAGCCCAGUUCUGACAGAAAAGGCCCCAUCAGAAAAGGGUCCCAGCCCAGUACCGUCUGAUAAGGCCCUAUCUGAGAAGGCAUCAAGCCCAGUACCGUCUGAAAAGGCCCCAUCGGAGAAAGCGCCAAGCCCAGUACCGUCUGACAAGGCACCAAGCCCAAUGCCUUCUGACAAGGCCCCAUCCGAGAAGGCACCAAGCCCAGUUCUGUCAGAAAAGGUCCCAUCAGAGAAGGGUCCCAGCCCAGUCCCAUCUGAGAAGGUACCAAGUCCUGUUCCAUCUGACAAAGCGCCUAGCCCAACAUUAUCUGAAAAAGUGCAUUCUGAAAGAGCACCUAGUCUAGUCCCUACGGAAAAGGCACCUAGCCCGGUGCCAUCAGAGAAGGCCCCAUCUGAAAAGGCACCAAGUCCUGUUCCAUCUGACAAAGCGCCUAGCCCAACAUUAUCAGAAAAAGUGCCUUCUGAAAGAACACCUAGCCUAGUCCCUUCGGAAAAGGCGCCUAGCCCGGUACCAUCUGAUAAGGCCCCACCUGAAAAGGCCCUUAGUCCCACACUAUCAGAGAAGGCUCCUUCUGAAAUAGCACCAAGUCUAGUCCCUUCGGAAAAGGCACCUAGCCCUACGCCAUCAGACAAAGCCCUUUUGGAGAAAUCAUCCAGUCCAGUUCCAUCAGAAAAAGAAACAAAGCUUGCGCCAUCAGAAAAGGCCCCGUCAGAUAAAGCAAUCAGUCCAGUACCAUCUGAUAAGGCUCCGAGCCCAACAUUGUCGGAAAAGGCACCAUCUGAGAGAGCACCCAGUCUUGUUCCUACAGAGAAAACGACAAGCCCUACGCCAUCUGAAAAAGUGCCUUCAGAAAAGGCAAUCAGUCCAAUGCCAACUGACAAAGCCCCGAGCCCAACAUUGUCAGAGAAGGCACCAUCUGAGAGAAAACCCAGUCUUGUUCCUUCAGAGAAAGCAACAAGCCCAAUGCCGUCAGAAAAGGCCCCUUCAGAGAAGGCAAUUAGUCCAAUACCAUCAGAGAGAGUUCCGAGCCCAACAUUGUCGGAAAAAGUGCCUUCAGAAAAGGCAUCAAGCUCCGAACCGUCAAGAAAGGCCCCAUCGGCGAAAACAGCAAGCCCAGUUCCAUCUGACAAAGCACAUAGCCCAGUGCCAUCCGACCAGGCCCCUAGUCCCGUACCAUCUGAAAAAGCCCAAUCUGAGGAGGCACCGAGCCCAGUUCUGUCAGAAAAAGCAUCUAGCCCAACUUUAUUAGAAAAAGCGCCUACAGAACGGGCGCCUAGCCUAGUGCCAUCGGAAAAGGCACCAUCUGAUAAAGCGCCAAGUCCAGUACCGACUGAGAAGGCACCUAGCCCAACUUUAUCGGAAAAAGCGCCUUCAGAUCGGGUGCCUAACCUAGUGCCAUCUGAAAAAUCCCCAUCUGACAAAGGGCCGAGCCCAGUACCAUCUGAGAAGGCACCUAGCCCAGCUUUAUCAGAAAAGGCGCCUAGUCUCGUCCCUUCAGAGAAAGCACCAAGCCCAGCACCAUCUGACAAGGCGCCGUCUGAGAAAGCGCCUAGCCCAGCUCCUUCUGACAAGGCCCCAUCAGAAAAGGCUCCAAGCCCUGUACCAUCGGAGAAAGCACACAGUCCAGUACCGUCUGACAAAGCGCCAAGCCCAACUCUAUUAGGAAAAGCGCCGAUUUCGAGGGCAGGAAGCCUAAUUCUAUCUGAUACAGCUCCAAGUCCUACGCCAUCAGACAAAGCUCCAUCUGAAAAGGCAUCUAGCCCUGUACCAUCCGAGAAGGCUCCAUCUGAAAAAGCGUCCAGUCCGGUACCACCUGAGAAGGCACCAAGUCCAACAUUAUCAGAAAAGGUGCCAUCUGAAAGAGCGCCUAGUCUCGUUCCUUCAGAAAAAGCACCAAGCCCAGCACCAUCUGACAAGGCCCCGUAUGAGAAAGUGCCUAGCCCUGCUCCUUCUGACAAGGCCCCAUCAGAAAAGGCUCAAAGCCCAGUACCAUCAGAGAAGGCCCCGUCGGAGAAAGCACACAGUCCAGUACCGUCUGACGAAGCGCCAAGCUCGACUCUGUUAGAAAAAGUGCCGACUUCGAGGGCAGGAAGCCUAAUUCUAUCAGAUACAGCUCCAAGUCCUACGCCAUCAGACAAAGCUUCAUCGGAAAAGGCAUCUAGCCCGGUACCAUCUGAGAAGGCACCAAGUCCAACGUUAUUAGAAAAAGCACCAUCUGAGAAAACAACAAGCCCUGCGCUAUCAGCUAAGGCACCUUCUGACAAAGCGUCUAGCCCCGUGCCAUCUGACAAGGCUCCAUCUGAAAAGGCUCCAAGUCCAGCACCAUCAGAGAAGGCCCCAUCUGAGAAAGCACACAGUCCAGUACCGUCUGACAAACCGCCAAGCCCGACUCUGUCAGAAAAAGCGCCGACUUCGAGGGCAGGAAGCUUAGUUCUAUCAGAUUUAGCUCCAAGCCCUACGCCAUCAGACAAAGCUCCUUCUGAUAAGGCCCCAUCUGAGAAAGCACACAGUCCAGUACCGUCUGACAAAGCGCCAAGCACAACUCUAUUAGGAAAAUCGCCGACUUCGAGGGCAGGAAGCCUGAUUCUAUCUGAUACAGCUCCAAGUCCUACGCCAUCAGACAAGGCUCCAUCUGAAAAGGCAUCUAGCCCGGUACCAUCUGAGAAGGCACCAAGUCCAACAUUAUCAGAAAAGGCGCCAUCUGAAAGGGCACUUAGUCUCGUCCCUUCAGAGAAAGCACCAAGCCCUACUCCUUCUGACAAGGCCCCACCAGAAAAGGCUCCAAGCCCAGUACCAUCGGAGAAGGCUCCAUCGGAGAAAGCACACAGUCCAGUACCGUCUGACAAAGCGCCAAGCCCAACUCUAUCAGGAAAAGCGCCGACUUCGAGGGCAGGAAGCCUAAUUCUAUCUGAUACAGCUCCAAGUCCUACGCCAUCAGACAAAGCUCCAUCUGAAAAGGCAUCUAGCCCGGUACCAUCUGAGAAAGCCCCAUCUGAAAAAGCGUCCAGUCCGGUACCAUCUGAGAAGGCACCAAGUCCAACAUUAUCAGAAAAGGCGCCAUCUGAAAGGGCACUUAGUCUCGUCCCUUCAGAGAAAGCACCAAGCCCAGCACCAUCUGACAAGGCCCCGUCUGAGAAGCCUAGCUUUGCACCUUCUAACAAGGCCCCAUCAGAAAAGGCUCCAAGCCUAGUGCCGUCGGAGAAAGCACACAGUCCAGUACCGUCUGACAAAGCGCCAAGCCCGACUUUGUUAGAAAAAGCGCCGACUUCGAGGACUCCAGGAGGAGAAAAGGCUCCAAGCCCAGUACCAUCGGAGAAAACCCCAUCUGAGAAAGCACACAGUCCAGUACCGUCUGACAAAGCGCCAAGCCCAACUCUAUUAGGAAAAGCGCCGACUUCGAGGGCAGGAAGCCUAAUUCUAUCUGAUACAGCUCCAAGUCCUACGCCAUCAGACAAAGCUCCAUCUGAAAAGGCAUCUAGCCCUGUACCAUCCGAGAAGGCUCCAUCUGAAAAAGCGUCCAGUCCGGUACCACCUGAGAAGGCACCAAGUCCAACAUUAUCAGAAAAGGUUCCAUCUGAAAGAGCGCCUAGUCUCGUUCCUUCAGAAAAAGCACCAAGCCCAGCACCAUCUGACAAGGCCCCGUCUGAGAAAGUGCCUAGCCCUGCUCCUUCUGACAAGGCCCCAUCAGAAAAGGCUCCAAGCCCAGUACCAUCGGAGAAGGCCCCAUCUGAGAAAGCACACAGUCCAGUACCGUCUGACAAAGCGCCAAGCACAACUCUAUUAGGAAAAUCGCCGACUUCGAGGGCAGGAAGCCUGAUUCUAUCUGAUACAGCUCCAAGUCCUACGCCAUCAGACAAGGCUCCAUCUGAAAAGGCAUCUAGCCCGGUACCAUCUGAGAAGGCCCCAUCUGAAAAAGCGUCCAGUCCGGUACCAUCUGAGAAGGCACCAAGUCCAACAUUAUCAGAAAAGGUUCCAUCUGAAAGAGCGCCUAGUCUCGUUCCUUCAGAAAAAGCACCAAGCCCAGCACCAUCUGACAAGGCCCCGUCUGAGAAAGUGCCUAGCCCUGCUCCUUCUGACAAGGCCCCAUCAGAAAAGGCUCCAAGCCCAGUACCAUCGGAGAAGGCCCCAUCUGAGAAAGCACACAGUCCAGUACCGUCUGACAAAGCGCCAAGCCCAACUCUGUCAGAAAAAGCGCCGACUUCGAGGGCAGGAAGUUUAAUUCUAUCAGAUACAGCUCCAAGCCCUACGCCAUCAGACAAAUCUCCGUCUGACAAGGCCCCAUCGGAAAUAGCUCCGAGCCCCGUACCAUCAGAGAAAGCCCCGUCGGAGAAAGCACACAGUCCAGUACCGUCUGACAAAGCGCCAAGCCUGACUCUGUUAGAAAAAGCGCCGACUUCGAGGGCAGGAAGCCUAAUUCUAUCAGAUACAGCUCCAAGUCCUACGCCAUCAGACAAAGCUUCAUCGGAAAAGGCAUCUAGCCCGGUACCAUCUGAGAAGGCCCCAUCUGAAAAAGCAGCCAGUCCAGUACCAUCUGAGAAGGCACCAAGUCCAACAUUAUCAGAAAAGGCGCCAUCUGAAAGGGCACCUAGUCUCGUCCCUUCAGAGAAAGCACCAAGCCCAGUACCAUCUGACAAGGCCCCGUCUGAGAAAGCGCCUAGCCCUGCUCCUUCUGACAAGGCUCCAUCAGAGAAGGUCGUUAGCCCGGUUCCUUCUGACAAGGCUCCAUCAGAAAAGGCCCCAAGCCCAAUACUUUCUGAGAAGGCGCCUAGUCCAACUUUAUCAGAAAAGGCUCCAUCUGAGAGGACACCUAGCUUAGUUUCGUCAGAAAAAGCACCUAGCCCUACAUCAUCAGAAAAAAAACCCAGCUUGGUGUCUUCUGAUAAGUCAUCUAAGUCUACUGAAAAAGCGGCAUUUGGAGACGAGGCAGAUAUUUAUGACGAGCCUGGAUCUCCUGAUCUAGUAGAUGAAGAUUUAAUUGAUCCAGGCAAAGAAAAGUUCAUGCUUACUAGCAUGCUGACUCAGUUUGACGAUAAGGUUCACAAAACCGAUGCCAUUGUUUCUUCAAUUACAAAAGAAAAGACUAUUGAAGAUGUGUUGAAGGAUACGCCUUCCGAUAAAUCGGUUAGUACCACAAACAAAGUGGAGCCUACUACGCCACCUGUUUCGCCAGAAACAAAGAAAACUGAUGAUGCUACUAGCCCCUCCAAAAAAUCUGAACCAGCGAUUAGUUCGGAAAAACCUACAUUUGAUGAUAAAUCUGUAACAGCUGAAAAAGAUAAAAUAUUAAUUGUCACUGACAAACCCUUAACAGAUAAAGAUCUAAGUCCUUCUACACUAGUGUCAGUUGAUGUACAACCUCCUAGCCCUGAGGUUCUCAGUGAUAGAUCAGAACAGGAAGUGAUCACGAAGCAAAUAAAGACAUCCCAACACGCGACACAUUCUGAAGAAAUCCAUAUUGAGAAAGAAUCCGUUUCUAAGAAAAUUAAUGAACUCGAAUCAACUCAAUAUACGCACAUAGAUGACCAUAAAGAUUCAACAGAAGAAGAUGGGAUAGUUGACGUAUUAGUUUCCGGUGUAAAAGGUAUAGGUCACAUUAUAAAAGAAUCGUUUGUCGAUGGAAUUCAUGAAAUCAUCAAAGAUGAUACUAAAACCGAUGAAGGAAAAAUGACUGCAACGUCAGGGAAAGCACCAAGCCCUGUACCUUCUGACAAAGGUUCGGAAAAAGCACCAAGCCCAACUUUAACGGAAAGAGCAUCUAGUUUAAUGCCAUCAGAAAAGGCUCAUAGCCCGACACCGUCUGACAAGGCAAUUAGCCCAAUGCCUUCAGAUAAAGAACCUUCAGAAAAGGCACCCUCUGAGAAGGCACAUAGCCCAACACCGUCUGACAAGGCUCCCUCUGAGAAGGCACAUAGCCCAACACCGUCUGAUAAGGCUCCCUCUGAGAAGGCACAUAGCCCGACACCAUCAGACAAGGCUCCCUCUGAGAAGGCACAUAGCCCAGCACCAUCUGACAAACCACCCUCUGAGAAGGCACAUAGCCCGACACCGUCUGACAAGGCACCCUCUGAGAAGGCACAUAGCCCAACACCGUCUGACAAGGCUCCCUCUGAGAAGGCACAUAGCCCAGUACCAUCUGACAAGGCUCCCUCUGAGAAGGCACAUAGCCCAACACCGUCUGACAAGGCGCCCUCUGAGAAGGCACAUAGCCCAACACCGUCUGAUAAGGCUCCCUCUGAGAAAGCACAGAGCCCGACACCAUCAGACAAGGCUCCCUCUGAGAAGGCACAUAGCCCAGUACCAUCUAACAAGGCACCCUCUGAGAAGGCACAUAGCCCGACACCGCCUGACAAGGCACCCUCUGAGAAGGCACAUAGCCCUACACCGUCUGACAAGGCUCCCUCUGAGAAGGCACAUAGCCCAGUACCAUCUGACAAGGCUCCCUCUGAGAAGGCACAUAGCCCAACACCGUCUGAUAAGGCUCCCUCUGAGAAGGUACAUAGCCCAACACCGUCCGACAAGGCUCCCACUGAGAAGUCACAUAGCCCAGAACCAUCUGACAAAGCCCCCUCUGAGAUAGUUCAUAGCCCAAUACCGUCUGACAAAGCGCCCUCUGAGAAGGCACAUAGCCCAACAUCAUCUGACAAGGCUCCCUCUGAGAAGGCACAUAGCCCAACACCGUCUGACAAGGCUCCCACUGAGAAGGUACAUAGCCCAACACCGUCUGACAAGGCUCCCUCUGAGAAGGCACAUAGCCCAGUACCAUCUGACAAAGCCCCCUCUGAGAAGGUCCAUAGCCCAACACCGUCUGACAAGGCACCCUCUGAGAAGGCACAUAGCCCAACACCAUCUGACAAGGCUCCCUCUGAGAAGGCACAUAGCCCGACACCGUCCGACAAGGCUCCCUCUGAGAAGGUACAUAGCCCAACACCGUCUGCCAAGAUGCCCUCUGAGAAGGCACAUAGCCCAACACUGUCUGACAAGGCUCCCUCUGAGAAGGUACAUAGCCCAACACCGUCUGACAAGGUGCCCUCUGAGAAGGCACAUAGCCCAACAACGUCUGACAAGGCUCCCUCUGAGAAGGCACAUAGCCCAGUACCAUCUGACAAAGCCUCCUCUGAGAAGAUCCAUAGCCCAACACCGUCUGACAAGGCACCCUCUGAGAAGGCACAUAGCCCAACACCAUCUGACAAGGCUCCCUCUGAGAAGGCACAUAGCCCGACACCGUCCGACAAGGCUCCCUCUGAGAAGGUACAUAGCCCAACACCGUCUGACAAGACGCCCUCUGAGAAGGCACAUAGCCCAACACUGUCUGACAAGGCUCCCUCUGAUAAGGUACACAGCCCAACACCGUCUGACAAGGGACCCUCUGAGAAGGCACAUAGCCCAACACCAUCUGACAAGGCUCCCUCUGAGAAGGCACAUAGCCCAACACCGUCUGACAAGGGACCCUCUGAGAAGGUACAUAGCCCAACACUGUCUGACAAGGCGCCCUCUGAGAAGGCACAUAGCCCAACACCGUCUAACAAGGGACCCUCUGAGAAGGUACAUAGCCCAACACCGUCUGACAAGGCUCCCUCUGAGAAGGCACAUAGCCCAACACCGGCUGACAAGGGACCCUCUGAGAAGGUACAUAGCCCAACACUGUCUGACAAGGUGCCCUCUGAGAAGGUACAUAGCCCAACACCGUCUGACAAGGUGCCCUCUGAGAAGGCACAUAGCCCAACACCGUUUGAUAAGGCACCCUCUGAGAAGGCACAUAGCCCAGUACCAUCUGACAAGGCACCCUCUGAGAAGGCACAUAGCCCGACACCGUCUGACAAGGCUCCCUCUGAGAAGGCACAUAGCCCAGUACCAUCUGACAAGGCUCCCUCUGAGAAGGCACAUAGCCCGACACCGUCUGACAAGGCACCCUCUGAGAAGGCACAUAGCCCAACACCGUCCGACAAGGCGCCCUCUGAGAAGGCACAUAGCCCAACACCGUCUGAUAAGGCUCCCUCUGAGAAGGCACAUAGCCCAGUACCAUCUGACAAGGCACCCUCUGAGAAGGCACAUAGCCCGACACCGUCUGACAAGGCACCCUCUGAGAAAACAAUUAGUCCUCUGCCAUCUGACAAAGCACCCAGCCCAACACCAUCUGACAAGGCUCAUUUGGAAAAGGCACCAAGCCCAACACCAUCGGACAUCGUUCUUUUAGGAAAAGCAUCUAGUCCAAUGCCUUUUGAAGCAUUGAGUCCCACACCAUCUGACAAGCCCAUCAGCCCAGCGCCCACAGAAAAACUUGAUGGCAAAGCACCAAGUCCCAUACCCGUUGAAAAGCCAACUAGUUUACCUCUAGUUGAUGUUAUUUGUACUGAAACAACAGAACAUGGAAAACUACUAACUCAAACUUCUGACGAGACGCCAUUUGAGAAACCGAUCAGUCCAAUGGCGACUGAAAAGGCAAAAAUUUGUAGUCCAAUGCCAUUUGAUAAAGUACCUUCUGAAGACGCACCUAGUCCAUGCGAGCAUAGCCCAGAGCCACCUGAGAUUUCGACUAGUUCAAGUUUAAUACAAAAACGAACAUCUCUGUCAUUAGAUAAGGCCCCUUCAGAGAAAUUAGCAAGUCCAGUUCCAUCUGACAAGGACCCAUCAGAGAAGGCACUAAGCCCAACGCCAUCUGACAAGGCUCUAUCAGUGAAGGCACCAAGCCCGACGCCAUCUGACAAGGCUCCAUCAGAGAAGGCACCAAGCCCAGCGCCAUCUGACAAGGCUCCCUUCGAAAAGGCACCAAGCCCAGUGCUAUCAGACAAGAUGCCUUCAGAGAAAGCUACCAGUCCAGUACCAUCUGACAAAGUCCCCUCAGAGGAAGCGGCAAGCCCGGUACCAUCUGACAAGGUUCCCUCAAAGAAAGCGGUAAGCCCGGCACGAUCUGACAAAGCCCCGUCAGAGAUAGCGGCGAGCCCGGUACCAUCUGACAAGGCCCCCUCAGAGAAAGCGGCGAGCCCGGUACCAUCUGACAAGGCCCCCUCAGAGAAAACGGUGACCCCGGUACCAUCUGACAAGGCCCCCUCAGAGAAAGCCGCGAGCCCGGUACCAUCUGACAAGGCCCCCUCUGAGAAAGUGGCAAGCCCGGCACCAUCUGACAAGGCACUAAGUCCUGCUCCGUCUGAUAAAGCUCCAUCGGAAUCUCUUUCUGAAAAAGCUCUUAGUCCCGUGCCUUCUGACAAAGCGCCCAGUCCUGCACCGUCUGAGAAGGCAUCAGAGAAAGCAGCAAGUCCUGUUCCUUCUAAAAAGGCAGCUAGCCCAGUACCAUCGGAAAAAGCUCCGUCAGAAAGGACAUUGAGCCCUACACCGUCUGACAAAGCACCGUCGGACAAAGCUCCAUCGGAGAAAGCUUUAAGCCCGGUACCAUCUGACAAGGCUCUUUUAGAAAAAGCAGUAAGCCCUACAUCGUCUGAUAAAGGUCCUUCGGAGAAAGCCGCUAGUCCUGCACCAUCUGACAAAGCUCCAAGCCCAAUACCAACGCCAGGUAGCUUAAUCCCAUCGGAAAAGGCUCUAUCUGAGAAGGCCAUUAGCCCAGUACCUUCAGAGAAAGCACCACACCCUGUACCAUCUGAUAAGGCUCCAUCAGAGAAGGUUUCCAGCCCGGUACCAUCUGACAAGGCUCCAUCAGAGAAAGCUUCAAGCCCGGUACCAUCUGACAAGGCUCCAUCUGAGAAAGCCCUUAGCCCAGUACCUUCGGACAAAGCACCCAGCCCCGCGCCGUCUGACAAGGCACCAUCUGAGAAAGCCCUUAGCCCAGUACCUUCGGACAAAGCACCCAGCCCCGCGCCGUCUGACAAGGCACCAUCUGAGAGAGCUCUAUUUGAGAAAGCCCUUAGCCCAGUACCUUCGGACAAAGCACCUAGCCCCGCGACCUCUGACAAGGCACCAUCUGAGAAAGCUCUAUCUGAGAAAGCCCUUAGCCCAGUACCUUCGGAAAAAGCACCCAGCCCUGAUCCAGCUGUCAAUGUACCUUCAGAGAAAGCAGCAAGCCCUGUACCAUCUGAGAAGGCUCCACCGGUGAAGGCUUCCAGCCCGGUACCAUCUGACAAGGCUCCAUUAGAGAAGGCUUCAAGCCCGGUACCAUCUGAUAAGGCACCGUCAGAGAAGGCUUCAAGCCCGAUACCAUCUGACAAGGCACCGUCAGAAAAAGCAUUCAGCCCUGUACCUUCUGACAAAGCUCCUUCAGAUGCACACAGCCCAGUACCGUCGGAAAAAGCACUAUCAGAAAAAGCCUUAAGUCCCACACCGUCUGAAAAGGCACCUUCGGAAAAGGCGCGAAGUCCAAUACCAUCAGAGAAAGCUCCUAGUCCAACUCCAUCAGAAAAAGUACCACCAUCAAGAGCUGAUAGUUUGAUCCCGUCGGAAAAGGUUUCAAGCCCCGUGCCAUCUGAUAAGGCACUUUCAGAAAAAGCACUAAGCCCUACACUAUCUGACAAGGUUCCAUCUGAUCAGGCACCUAGUCCAACACCUUCAACUAAAUCAGACAAACCCGUCGAAGAAACUAUUUGCCAGACAAGCGUGCAUAAUCUGGAGGGUAUCGUAUCCAGUGCUGUAAUACAAGAAUUAGUUGAUCCAGCUCUUGAUAAGUUGAUUGCUGAUAUCGGUAUACCAAAAGACAAGGCCGCUAGUAAGGUCCCUGAAAAAAUGGCUAGUCCAGUACCGUCAGACAAGGCGCCAAGUCCAACUCCGUCAGAUCUGGCAUCUGAAAAGGCACCUUGCCCUACACUAUCGGAGAAAGUACCAUCUGAACGAGCACCCAGCCUAGUCCCGCCAGAAAAGGCACUUAGCCCAACACCGUCUGAUAAGGCAGCUAGCCCAGUACUAUCUGAUAAAGCCCCAUUAGACCGACAGGCAAUUAGUCCGACGCUGUCUGAUAUGAUCAUAUCAGAAAAGGCACCACUAGAUCUGGCUUCGAGUUCAUUACCGUCGCAUAGUGAAAAGGAUGUACCUGAUAAAAAGAUUUCCACUCCCGACAAAUCUAAAAAACUUGACAUUGAAACAUCGGUUGACACCACUCCGAGUACUGAUAAGUCGGAAGAAACAAUUAUUAGCUCUUCUGAAAAAGUGGACGAAGAAAAGCCAUUUACCGCGUCAGAAACAAAACCACUUACGACUGAAGUAGGUAAAGAACCCAAAGUUUCUGGUAAGGAAACAAAGGAAAUGACAGCUGACGAAAAUUAUAUAGAUGAGAAGGAUAAGGCAGUUAAAAGCGUAAAAUUAGAAUCUACGUCUGAAUCAAAAAUUACAUCGGAAACAGACAAAGAACAUAAAGUUGAAAGCAUUAGCCAUGUAACAGAAUCUGAUGAAAGUUACUCUAGUAUGGAGUCUAGGAAAGAUUUACACGAAGAACGAUCAAUUAGUGGUAGUAAGCAAACAUUGAAAACUGAUAUGUUUUCAAUACACGAGUCCUCUUUACACGAAACCAGCCAUAAAUCAACUAGCGAGGAAACGAAAUCUCAUUCUAUCAAAAAGAGAUCAAUAGAGCAUGAAAAGCUAAGAGACGCAUCAGAUAUAUUAUCAUCAAUAUCUACAAUUGACAGUGGCGUAGACAGAGAUAGUAUGACAUUGCAUGAUUCAUCAGAAGACGUUUCCAAAGAAGUUAGCUUAGAAGAAAAAUACAGUUUCGAAACUACCGAAAAAGACAAACGAUCUAAAAUGUUUUCUGAUUCUGAAACAUUACAAUCUAUCAGUAGCAGCAGAUUGAGCAGAUUCAGCGACGAAUCGUAUACAUCUACAUUAAAAGAAAUGGAAGUGUCUAAAACAGUUCCUGACUCUACAAGAACAGAGUUGGGAUCUCCAAAAGAUGAAAUACCUCUUUCUGAAGCAUCAGAUUCUGGAGUCCAUAGCAUUCCUUUGGAUAUUGAUCAGUUGAUGUCGAAAGGUGAUGGCCUAACGCACAUCAAAGAUGAUGCUGUGCAGUUCAUGGAAUCAAUUCAUAAAGCAUUUAGUGAUGACACAGUACAACAAGGAAUUAAGACCGAGGGAAUGGAAUCCUUACUAGUUUAUUCUGAGGGCGAUAGAGUAUCUACACCACCUACAGUACCUGUCAGCCCGUUACCAAAAACUCCCAGCAGUUUUCAAGAUAUCAAAGUAAGUGAAGGUGUUCAAAGCGAAGUUACUUACGAUAAAUCUGAUGGCACCGAAGAAACUAUAACUAAAGUUGUCCAUGUAGGUGAAGACGUAUUAACUCAGAGGAUUUCAACGUCCACUGAGAAAGUAUCGAAACCGAUUAAGGAUUCAGCAUCUGAGAGUGAAUCAGAUCUUAUGUCUCUUAUGCAAAACAUGGGUAAAAUAAAGACGGAAACUGAUACUGUUACCAAAAUCAUCAAAGAAGGUGAGAAUGUUGUAACUCAAACAAUAACUACUGUAACGACUAAAGAAGUGAUUUCCAGGGAAGAUGGUACACCACAAAAUAUUAAGACAACCAUAGAAACAACAACACUGAGCAAGGGAUCAGAUGGUUCAACUAUCACUACGACAGAUACUCAAACUUUACUGUCGGAAUGUUCUUCCAGUCUUAAAUCUACCUCACAAAUGGAUUUAUAUGCCAAAGAUAGUAGAAUAGAUAAACUCUACCUCGAAAGUGAUAAGUCUGAAACUGAAACGAGUAGCCAAACUAAAGAAACUAGGAAAGAUGAGUCUUCCGUAACCUCUGAUUUGCCCGCUCAAGUUCAGUAUAUUUCGGAAUCAGAUGAAUCCGAUGAUGACGUUGAAACAACUACUAUAGAUACCGACGUAAGCAAACGCAUAGUUAAGGAAAAUAAUGUUGAUGUUAUGGAAACUGUCACUACUGUGACGAAAAAAGAAACACUAAAAGUUAAUGAAACCAAGAAAAUACGUACAACAGUUGAAACUACUAUUACAAAGGAACGCCCCGAUGGUACUAAAGAUGUACAAAGAAAUGUUGAAGUUAAAACUGAGGAGCCAGUCGCAGAUACAAGCAAUAUAGAAAAAGCCCUUAGUAAUUUAUCUAUUCUUGGAGAACCCGAAGAAACAGAAUCAGUUGAUUCUGAAGAAGUGAAACAAGAUACGUUUAUUAUCAAGCGAGUUAUAGUCACCAAGGUUGUUAAAACGACGUAUGCAGAUAGCCAUGGAACUCCAAGGAAAUUAAAAACUGUUACAACUGUAACUACUAUAGACAAUUACCCCGACGGUUCUUCUCGUACUAAAGUAGAUGGCAGUACAUCUAUUACAGACAUAGAAGUAGAAGUGGAAGAAGCAGUUGAUUCACUCGAACUUGCAGAUUACACGGUAGUUGAUAAGUCAGUUACUGUAGACAAACAGGAGAAAAGUGUCGUCAGGAAUGAGAAAAGUGUAUUGCAAGUUAUAACAACAACGACUACUAAAGAAAUUUUGUCAUCUAAGGACAAAGGUAGGAAAAAAGUAAAAACUACAGUUGAAACUGUGACCGAGACUCAUUUACCUAAUGGUGUUACAGAAAUCACCAAAGAUGUAAGAGUAUCUGUAUCUGAUUAUGAGCUACAAACAACUGAUGAGGAAACUGAAAACUACGAGCGAAUUGGGAAACCGUUAGAAGAUGUAACUACGGCAGUCGAAAAUGUUACGGACAAUGGAAUAACUAUUAAACGUAAAACUACCGUCACCACUAUUAAAGAAGAAUUCCAUAAUAAGGAGAAGAACGUCAAAAGAAUUAAGACUACCGUAAUAACCAGAAUUGAAGAUGAACAUCCUGAUGGCUCUAUUAUUACGAAAACAAGUGAAAAAGUGUCUAUCGUUGAAGAAAACCUAGAAACUAUUCAAGUUAUGAAAGUUCAAGGUUUAAGUGAGAGUAUGCCCAUAGACACUGCUGAUGAAAUGGGUGAUGAUGGCCAAGUAGAAGCUAUACUAUCGGAGUUGUCUCCAGAAGGAGAGCCUGAGGAAACGGAGUCUACGGAAACUGAGGAAAUAAAAGAGAAGAACAUAGUUAUAAAGAGAACACUCGUUACGAGAAUUGUAAAAACAAAAUACUCCAAUAGUCAUGGAGCAAUAAAGAAAAUCAAAACUGUAACGACUGUCACAACAACUGACCGAUAUCCUGAUGGAUCUACAAAAACCACGGUAGAUGUAAAAACGGCCAUAAAUGAUAUCGAAACAGAUGCUCCUCAAGUAGAUCUCACAGACUUCCCUCAAGUAGAAGAUAAAUCAAUAGAUGUCGAUACUAAAGAGACGGUAGUGUUGCGAGAUGGAAAACAAGUGAAGCAAAUCAUCACUACUACCACGACUAAAGAAAUAUUAGCAUCAUCUGAUGGAUCUAAGAAGAAGAUUAGAACAACCGUUGAAGUACUCACAGAAACUAAGCUUCCAAAUGGAACUACAGAAGUUUCUAAAGACGUCAAGCUUUCUGUUGCUGACUACAGUACUGAAACCUUUGACGAAAAUCUAGGAGGUUUUACUCCUGUUGGAAAGCCAAACGAGCACACAAGUUCAGAAACGGAAGAAAUUACGGAAAAUGGCGUUUUUAUUGUUAGGAAAACCACCAUUACCACUAUUAGGCAAGAAUUUGAGAAUGCUGAGACACAUUCAAGGAAAGUAAAGACUACUAUUAGAACGGUUGUAGAAGAUGAACACCCCGAUGGCACAGUAGUAACUAAAAAGAGUGAAAAAAUAUCGAUUGCCGACCUUUCUCUUAAAACGCCACAGACAGCUCAAGAUGACGCAGAAAUAACAGACACAUAUAUAGAUGAUUCGGAGAUUGUAGAAGAUAUGACUGAAGAAUCAGAUGUUAAAAAUGAAGAAAUUAAGCAAGGAACAGUAACAAUUAAACGCACAAUUACAACUAAAACUAAGAAAGAAACACUGGCCAGUGUAGACAAGAGUAUAAAACGAAUAAGAACGACCGUAGAAACGAUUACUGUAGACGAAUAUCCAGAUGGUUCCACAGAAACUACAAAGGACGUCAAAAUCACUAUUUCAGAAUUCCAGAAAACAUCAGAUAGUGAUUUGCAGGCAGCUUUACAAGGACUUCAUUCAACUGGCAAAAUUAAAACUUCGGUAGAUAAAAAGACAAAUAUCGUUACUGAGUAUGGACGUAAAGUUACUCAAACAGUCACGACAUAUGUGACGAAAGAAGAGUUAAAAAACAAUGAAACGAAUGAAAUAGCAGUUAAAACUGUUACAGAGACCUUGACAGAAAAUGCUCAGGAAGAUGGCUCAAUCGAAACGACAAAGGAUGUAAGAACUCAAAUUACUUAUCUGCCUAUUGGAACUGGGCUUGAUGACUGGACACCAGAAGAAUUAGAAGAAAUUGAAAAGCAACCUGUAUCGGAGGCAAAAACAAGUCUUGAAAAAUUACCUUUAUCGCAUAAGGAAGAACCAAAGCCUGAAACCAAGCCGAAGAAACAGCGAUCACCCGUAGGCGAAAUAACUACUGACACAGACACGUAUACAAAAGUUAUUAAAGAGGGCGAUAAUGAAAUAACUCAAACAAUAACCGUAGUAACUACCAAAGAGGUAAUUAGCCCUGAAAAAAUGAAGGUCACAGUUGAAACGACGACGGUAAGCAAAGGCAGCGACGGUGUGACAAAAACGACUAAAUCAACUAAAACCACAAUUUCGGAAAUCAAAGAAGAAUAUGAAGAAACAAUAGAUCGAGGAGAAAGUGAAAAGUCGUUCUCAAAACUAUCUUCGAAAACAGGUGAUAUGCGCAGUUCGUCUGCAGCUAGUGAUGACUUGGAUCACGCUGGGAUUUCAUCACCGCCGUCAGAUAUUAGUUCUAGGGGGUCGAGGGCAGCUGCUCAGGUUUGGGGUACAACAGAAAGUAGCGGCAUGUACUACAGUGACGAUGACGGACCUGGCAGCCCAAGUAGUACAAAGUCACAAGUAGCACACUCGCCCAGGUCAAACCUCAGUUUUGAAUUAGAGCCAAAACAUCAAGAAUCAAACGAAGAAAUGGUACUCGAAAAGCAUUACAGUACAGCGACUGACCCGAUGUCAACAUCGAUCUAUGGACAGUUACCUGAAGACGAUUCUUGCACAUCUUCUAGUCACUCGGAGAUAAAAACUGAAUUCCAUACGAUUGAGAAACCUUUAUCCAAAUUAACUGAGGAUUUCUUGGCUCAUGAAAAACUAAAAUCUGAAGUAACACAGCGAAUAGUAAAAUCUGACGCCACUUUCCUGAGGGAGGCAGACGAACAUUUCGAAAAGGCAAUAGAAGAGCACAAAAAAGUUAGUGGAUCAGAAGUAAUUUCAAAUAUUACAGCUAAAUAUGAACUAGGUGAACAAAGUCACUCGAGUAUUAAACAAACAAAAUCAUCAAAGGAAGAAACUUUAACGUUGAAAGAUGUUAAAUCUGAAGUAAAGAAAACUGAAACAUCUACCUCGAGUUCCAAACAAGAAUCUAGAACAGAAAAGCACGAAUUCAGCAGUGAAAGUAAAUCUAAAGACCCAAUAGAAUCGUGGGGUAAGCCUUUAGGUUUACCUAGUCCUAUUAUGCCGCCUGUGGAUGGUAAGAGCACUCCUAAGAAACAAGCUAGCUCAGUUGCGAACAAGAAUAAGCUCAACCAAGAGAAGAGUAAAGAGGCGAAGAGCCGAAUAACGGAGUCUCCUAGUAAGAAGAAGGCAGUAGCUCCAGUUUACAUGGAGUUGACGUAUGUGCCUCAUCAUGGAAACUCCUACUAUUCCGCUAUGGAGUUCUUCAAACGGGUGCGCGCAAGGUACUACGUGUUCUCGGGUACUGAGCCGUCAAAGGAGAUUUAUAAUGCCUUAUUAGACGCGAAGAAGACUUGGGAAGACAAAGAUUUAGAAGUGACGAUAAUCCCGACCUACGACACCGACGUCCUUGGCUACUGGGUAACAGAGAACGAGGAGGCCCUCGAAAAGUACAAGAUCGACCUCUCGCCCUCCGCCUCCCGGUGCACCAUCAACCUCCAGGACCACGAGACCUCCUGCGCCGCCUAUAGACUCGAAUUCUAGGUGUCGGGUCUAUUUGUGGCGUUCUCAUCCAAGAAGUGAGCCCCAACCACAGCCGGCGCCAGGAAAAAUGGAAGCAGAGUAUAGCGCCGCGCUCAGAGCCCACUACUUCGAAUGAGACGCUUGCAAAUAGUAACCCCAAUGACUUUGUGAUAUUUGAAUGCAAUCAAGAGACUGCAGAAGAGUUUGAUAAAAUCAUAGUUAUAGUGCUGUGGCGUGCCGAACAACGGGCCGAAUCCUUAACCGCAUCCAAUUUUUGAAAGUCAAUACCAAAUUCUCGACCUAAGAACAGAAACGUCCAUUUUUUUCUAAACUGUUUUCUAGUAGCUUCAUCGAUAACAGUACAUGCCAUUUAAAAUAUAUUUCUGACGAUAUUUUUGAAUUUGGUCUAUACAAUCGGUAGUGCUUUUAUACACGAUAUUUAGCGUAACCAGUCCAUAUUGUUUAGCCGAAAUCCGCUUGUGCGAAUAUCAAAAUUUUUGACAAAUUAUUUUGCUAUCGCAUUUGUGAAAUUUUAAUAGUUGUACAAACUUAGCUUGCACGCCAAUUUAUGUUAAGGCUUGACAUGGACGUCAGGAUGCGUCGACGAUCGACAAGUACCUUAAUUAGGAUGAAAUUUUAAAUAAAGCGUAUUAACUGUCUUAAAAAGACUAUUAAAGAUUUGAGGCUAGAUUUAGUACUAGCCACAUGUAAUAAUUGUUAGUCGUGAACACUAUUGUUACGUCGGGGUGACGAGGAGGCGUGGCCGACCUGAUGUAUCUUUAAGAUUUUCAGCCAUUGUUUUUCACUCGAGCUUUGCGAUGAAUGACUGACUCGAUAAGCCGCUGAGCACAAAGCAUUUUAUAUUGGAACAAGCGUUGAUUGUUUGGAAAAAUCCUGCAUUUCUAAACUUUCCUCGCUUGUCAUCAGUAUAGCGGCUGUCAUCCUGACUUCCUUUCGCUUUAGUUCAGAUUUUUUACUGAUCAACGUCUUCCGCACAUCGAAUGAUACUCGUUGGCUUUAAGGAAUUAGAUUCAGCAUUUGAAAGGACCACAAUCGCGGAAGGCGUUCGAUAGAAUAUAUAUCCUUACCCAGCCGCUCCCGUCACCCCUGACACCAGUGAGCCUAAAUCGUUAGGUAGAGAGCUUAACCCAUUAUAAAGUAAAUGUUUUAGUAGGACUAUUACAAAUUGAACACUCUAUUUACCUUUGUUUGUGAUUUGCUUGUUGUGCCGAAGUUUAACUGUGACAUAGUUAUAACGAUGUUAUACUUUCGAAGUCAACCGUGAUAGUUGAAUCUCUUGCGUUAACAUUUUAUUGGCGAUUUUUUGGCCUAUCGUUUACAAAUUUCUAGUCGCGAUCCAAAUAUCUAAGAAGGUAGUUGUUAUUUUGUUCCUAAGGCUCUCCAUUCUUGCCGAGCACAUUUGAAACAACAUUACGAUUUUAUCAUGAAAUGUGUUUAAAUGUUCUCAGCAAGACUGGAUCAAGCCGUUGAGUUCUAGAGUUUCUAAAACCGUUUCCAAAACGAAAUCCUCAUGUAAUUAUAGUAACUACCUUUAAAAUAACUCCAUUAGAUUAUUUUUCAAUUACCGCAUGUCGGAUGUGUGCGAAUGUGAUAUGAACUAAUGAACUCAUCAUUAUUUUACCAUCUAGAUAUAAGCUGCUAGCUUCCCGAGGUCCGAUGUACCUUCUUUACCUUAAUUAUAGUAAAAACGAAACCUGUUCUUUGUUAAAACAAGAUAAACGUUUACCCAACGCCUACCCACUGCCUUGCAACGGCCCGAUAUGAUCGAGUGUGUAUUCAUGAAGGGGACUUAUUUUUAUUUUAAGGAUUGAUGAAUGAAAAUUUUCAGUCAAUUAAUUUUAAGUCAUCCAUAGUAUUAAGCCGAUCGAAACACCGUUGUCGCUUACUUUGCCAACCUCUAAUAGUGGAUAAAGAAAGCAAGCACCAGCACAAUCUAACAAAAAAAUAAAAGAAUAAAUAUAAAAAUGCUAUUAAAAAAGUUUACAUCUUCAAAUUCAUCGGAAGUAGAUCAAGACAAUGACAAAAUCAUUGUUAAAGAUGUUACAACUUAUGUUAUUGAAGAUGGAAACAGGUAAUAUAAAGAAUGGUACUCUAUAUUUAUUUUUUGCGUUGGUUUUGUUAAAGGUUUAUUAUAUCGGUAUAUGUGUUUGUGUGUCGGUUUAUGUGAGCACAAUAUUGUUUUCUGUGAGUUUAUGCUAAGUAGGGGACUAAACAGGGACAUGGAUGGUCAUACCUUAGUUCGCCGUAUUAAAGAUCGUAAGGCGAAUCUGCUUCAUAGUUAUUGUAUUGUUUCUAGGCUUCUCGGCCUUGGUUGAUAUUCUUUUAACAUUUCUGCAAAAUAUGAUAAUUAUCUUUCGACCUCUGACUUAGAGAUGACUGUUAAAAACUAAUGUCAAAUAAACUGGUCGUGUUGCUGAAAAACCAGCAUACUUUGAGUAUGCCGAUAAUAUAAUAGCAAAUUAAAGAAAUUUAAAAGAAUACCAAUCAGCUUAAGUUAGGCGAAAGCCUGGCCCAAAAUAUUGUAUUUUAUAGCUAGAACUUUAAUUAAUUAAUGCAUACUAUUAGAAAUAAUAAAAUGUUAUUUAAAAUUAAGAUUGUAUCAGCUUAGUGAACAUCAAUAGCUCUGGUAAAUAAAUCAUUAUUGAAAUUAUUAAAUGUUGUUAUUUUUUCGGCUGGUGGAUUGUCAGCUUGUAUUGGAUUGGAUUGUAUAAUAUUAUCGGGCGGAUGUCCAAUAAGUAUGAAUAAGGAAUUAUUUUGUAUCGAUCUAAACAUGUCAACAUCAGUCCAAUGCUGAAUGACAAUGGCCAAUAAACAUUUAUGACAUAUUACCUGGCACUUGUGCACUCUAUUCCAAAAGGGUUAAACAUCUUUGCACCAAACAUUUUUUACACAUUUUCCCUAAAUAUAUAUUAAAAAGACAAAAAGCAUACAUGACUUUUGAAAGUGGAAGAGACAUACCUGUUUGAAUCGCUUCCUAUAAGUAUUCUUAUUUUUAAAGUUAACAGUAAAAUAUGUCAUAAAUAGUUUAGUGACAUUGACAGUAUCGUUAAGGCAAGUACUGAGCUUAUUCUAAACUAUUUCACGUUUUUUUGCAUCAGAAAAAAGGUCUUCACAAUCUUGACGUGCCUUUUUAUUGAAAAACACUUUUGAAAAAUGUCACGGCAAAUAUGUUACAUUAUUUUGCUUUUUCAAUUAAAAGACACGUCAAUAUCGCUAAGUCUUUUUCUUAUGCUAAAAAACGAACUGUAAUUCCUUUGGCUAAGCACAUGACAUAUGUAAAAAGAUCAAAUCUCAUGCGCCUACGCUGAUUUAAUCCGCAAAGUUGUAUAAUCAACACAUUGAUAUUACCAACCAACAGGCGUUUUUCAAUAGCUCGGUACUUGUCUUUAUAAGAUAAAGUAUUUGUGACGUUAUUUAUAAAAAGGGACCUUAUUGUCGAUGGCGCUUAAGCCAUUAUUAACGAUGCUCCGAUAUAAAUACAAUGCCGCGCGACGCUGUGCGGUGUACGCGCCAUCGACAAUAAGGUCCAUUUGCAUAGAUAAUGCCCCAUUUACAAACUUAAUUUUUCUAUAUAUUUUAUUUGUACAGACAAUAAGAUAGGUUUAAAUUGUGACUCUCAAACCAAUCAGCCUAAUAAUAAAAAAACACUAAGUACAUAAUUAAUAAAUUUACUCAUACUGAUCUUUUUACAUUGAACAUGCUCAAUACAGUUGUAGUGCAUAAUUAUUUUCCAUCGUAUUUUCACGGAAACGUACGAACAUGUCUUGCUAUUUUAGUCGGUCUCGGUACAAUAAGUACCGAGGUUGACUGAAGUAGCAUGACAAACACGAACGUUUCCGAGAAAGUACGAUGGAAAACUAAUAUGUAUACACGACAUCCGUAUACCUAGUCACAGUUUAAACCUGAUUUUCGGCAACGUUAGAAGAAAAGAGGCUAGCUGUGAGGUGUCAAUGUUAUACUAUAAUAAAAUUCAAUUAUAUGAUAGUUAUAAUAAGUAUUUUCUAACCAAUCGAUCAAUAGUUUAAAGAUGAAGACAAGUUUGAUUAAGUACAUAUUUAUAAUGAGUAAAUUAUAGCCACCUUUUACACACCUUUGCUUUUAAAGGGAUGUUAAAGUAAUAAAAUCAUAUUUUUCGUUUUAAAAUAUGAAACACAAACUUUGUUACACGCUAACCUCUUUUAUUCUAAUGUUGGCUAAAUAUUCAGUAUAAUUUAUGGAUGGAAUUGUGUAAGAAAGUAAAUAUUGUUGGCGAGUUGGAUGCAUAUCCAAGGUUAGACGGUCUUCACAUUGGAUGCAGACCCGCACUCCUCUUCGGUGUGCGAGCGGGAUGUAGUUAUAUACGUGUAUAGCGCUGUCUCGCUCACACACCAGAACAGUGAGUGGCUCUACGACAAUGUGAUUACCGAGUUAUAGUUGCUCGCUGCGUACAAGUCCAUUUUGAGACCUAUCAUUUCAAUACAAUGUGAAAAGGGAUUUUUCUGUAAAAAAAGUAGAUUUUUUGAAAGUAUGUAUAGAAAAUUUUACCCAAACCCUCAUGUGCUUGAGAGGAGACCUGUGCCCAGCAGUGAGACGUAAAUAGGCUAUUUUUUUAUUAUAUAUAAUUUUUUUUCUUGUUUCUAUUCAGAAUCAGUAAGUAAACCUAAUUUAUUUGAAAAACUGAUCCAAGUAAGUAUUUGUCCGACGUCUUUGUAUAUAAUAAGUAGACCGUCUCGAAACUGAGUUUUUUUUGCAAUGCCUUUUCUAAUAAACAAUGAUUUCGAUUCUGAAUAAAAAAGGCAGAAAUUUUGUAAAUUUUACGAGGCACACAUUUUUUUUUUCAAAAACACCACACGAAAUGUAUUGAACCAGAUAAGUCUGCAACGAUUUUGAUAGUACACGCAGUGUAAGUGUUAUUUAUACGCCAUAAUUUCAUAGAAGUUUGAUGUUUAAAAUAACACUUGCACUGCGUAUGCUAUCAAAAUCGUUGCAGACUUGUCUUGGUCUAACUAUAUGUAUGUCAAAGUCGACUUGUAAGCGGCGAGCAACAUAGUUGGUAAGAAUGCUUUUGUGGUGCUAACAACGGGUGGUGGGCGUAAUUAAUGAUUUAGAGCUAUAACGGUGAUGAGGUGGUGAUGACGAUAAUGAAAUUGAUAGUGAUGGGGGUGGUGAUGGUGAUGAUUGUAUUAAUGAUGAAAACUGUGUUGAUGAUGGUCAGGCUAAAGUUUGGGGUGGUUUUACACCAUUGGAGACAAAUAAUGGCAAUAAUAAUAAAAUAUAAUAAAUCAUGCAAAUACCUACGUAAAAUAAACAGGGGCUUUUUUAAAUGGUUCUACUGAUCCGGUUAGGUAAAAAUUCUGUGAAAGAUAGAAAAAAGAUUAUGAAAAAAAAUAAAGAUCUUCUAAUAUAAUUCUCACGCAGCAUCACAGGAUCUAGUAGGAAUGACGCAUUUACAUAAAUUAAUAAUAUACACCUUGUAAAUUAUAUAAAUAAAAAAGUGCCGAGAAUCUGGAACUUUAACCAUAGAAAGUUAGAAAAUUUUAAGGAAAUUCGAAUAUCGGAUGGGAAUAAAUUGAUAAUGAUAAAGCUGAUAUUUGAAAUAUUAUCAUCACAUCACCGUUUAGAUUAUCAACACGCUUAAUGGUUAGACUGAUGCGUUACAUCGCUUUCGUUACAGCCGUUUUGAGGAGACAGGAAGGAUGCUACUUCUUUUCUGUUUUGUGUCAAGUUGUUGUUAUGCAUAGAUUUUCAUGAUUAUUGUUUGAUUGUGUAGUUUAUUUUAGUAACAAUAAUGUGUAUAUUAAGUAGUAUAUUAUAUAUUUUUUUCUGUGGUAAAGGUAUACUUGACUUCCCAUCAAAAGUAUCUACACGCAAGACAAGACAGAAUAUCGUAGACAUGAUUAACUAAAAGUGAACUUUAUAUAUACCUAUAUGCCAGUCUCAACCAGAAGGGACCUUAUUGUCGGUAGUCAAUAAGACGCUACUUCCAUGUAGCUUCGAUUUGAAAUCAACCUUGUCGACAACCAAUAAUGUUGGUUUUGGUUGAAAACAUCACAUACCUAUAUUUUCACUAUUAUAUAAAUUUUUUUUAGAGGUUGGUUGAUUUGUACUUAUACAUUACCUAAAUUGAAAAUAACAGCAUUACAGUAUCUUGGCACAAAACUAAUACAAAAUAGCAUACUCGUGACAAAACCCUCAAAAUAAUAUUUAAUAAUUGUAAUAAUGAUAUGUGGAUCUAGGUAUUUGUAAUGAUUAUAUGUAAAUUUAAAAUUAAAUCAUUCAUUGUAUCAGUCGUGUCGCUAUCCCCAUUCGGCGUGUUUGAUGGAAGUGUAAAAGUCAUUAAUGAAUAAAACAAUUAAAAUGUUA